CGGAAGUGCACUUGGAUGGGCGGAAGUAGAGGCUCUCUGAGGCUGGAAAGGUGAAGACGCGAGGGGGCAGGGAAGCUAGCUUCAGCUCCACCCCCCUCACUGAUUCAGCAUGGGGGAGAAGUCGGAGAACUAUAGUGUUCCAAACGACCUGUUCAAUGGUUUGAAAGUUACAAAUUCGCAGGAAGCAGCAGGAGCUCACCCUGCAGUUUCUAAUCCCCAAAAUGACCAGUCUCAGAGCCAGCUGCUGGAGAAUGCUGAAGCCCACCCCCUCGAAGACCAGGAAGAAGAGGAGUGCUUCCAUGCCUGUCGGUCCUCGUUUGAGGAAGAGGAAGAGCCAGGACUGGACAAAGCUGAGAACAAGCCUGAUGAUGAUGUGACACCCUCUGAACUGGAUGAAGAAUACUUAAUGGAACUGGAAAAAAACAUGCCAGAUGAAGAGAAACAGAAAAGAAGAGAGGAGAGCACUAAACUAAAGGAGGCAGGAAAUGAACAGUUCAAGAAAGGAGAUUAUAUAGAAGCUGAGAGUUCUUACAGUCAAGCCCUUCAGAUGUGCCCAUCCUGUUUCCAAAAAGACAGGUCUAUUCUGUUCUCAAAUAGAGCUGCCGCAAGGAUGAAACAGGACAAGAAAGAGCUGGCGAUCAGUGACUGCAGCAAAGCCAUUCAGUUGAAUCCCACCUAUAUCAGGGCAAUAUUGAGGCGAGCAGAGUUGUACGAGAAAACUGACAAGCUGGAUGAAGCCCUGGAAGAUUACAAAUCCAUAUUAGAAAAAGAUCCAUCCGUUCAUCAAGCAAGAGAAGCUUGUAUGAGGUUACCUAAGCAAAUUGAAGAACGGAAUGAAAGACUCAAAGAGGAGAUGUUGGGCAAACUGAAAGAUCUUGGGAACUUAGUUCUCCGACCUUUUGGGCUCUCCACAGAAAAUUUCCAGAUCAAGCAGGAUUCCUCUACUGGCUCAUACUCCAUCAAUUUUGUUCAAAAUCCAAACAACAACAGAUAACAAAGAUAACAGCCUUGGGGAGCUGACUGGAAGUUGUGUGCUGCUUGCCGUCGGCCAGGCACAGGCCUGCUGACAUCCACUGUGGACGCGUCCUGUCUGAGACGGCUGCCCCGCCCCGGGCACUCCCCCGUCUCCCACCCCCUCUGUACCCCGAGCAGGCUCGGCCACACCUCCUGAUGUCAGGAGCCUCUCGGACUUCUUUCCAGAGAGGUAUCUUCGUGGUUGUCCCCGGUUCUGUGUGGGCUGACCUCCUGGAGGCAGCAGCAACACAAGCCCUGCUUGUGUCCCUGGACCCAGCAGACCUGUCGGCCGGGGACGUUCUGAUGCCCCUCCCACCCACUGCCCCUCCAAGUCACCCGCCGCCGGGCUGCCCACUGCCUGACUCCUCUGUGGUAAUAAACGCUUUCUCUGCUGGUC